UAUUGGUUAGAUAUCAAAGAAUACCAAAGUUGUGCCUCAGACAUUGACUACUCAAUUAAAUUUAAUUUGUUUCCACGUAAAGCCACCAAAUAUUCUCAAUUCUUAUUUGGCAAUAUCACAUUAAAGCAGCCCUUAGACGAUUCACUUAGUAUUAAUAUGUUAGCAGGAAAACACGAUUCUUUUGGUCAAUGGAAAGAAAUUUCUUUAGUAAAUGUAAAAAAUGCAUGUUUUUCAAUGAAAUCUGGAAUGUUUGGAGAGAAAACAUGGAAAUAUGUUGUUGAUGUUUUUCAAAUUCCAACUAUAAAUUGUCCUUGGCCUGUGGGACAUUAUAUUUCAAAAGGAUUUGAUACGGGUUCAUUUAAAGAUAGUAAUUUACCAAAACAGUUUAUUUAUGGAAAGUAUUCUAUUCAGGUAGUUUUACUUGACAAAAAAAAAAAAAUAAUCAGUUGCACAAAAAUUUCAGCAGAAUUAAAACCAUAUUCUUAAUGUUGUUUUCAACACAUUUUUGAAAUCAAAGUACUAGCAAAUUUUUUGUUA